AUGACUAACGGAGAGGAACAAAUUGAUCCUGCUAUGACUGUUACUGCUAACACAGUUUCGGGGAUGCCAGGUCCUAGCCGUCCUACUGCACCUGCAACGGCUAUGCCACCAGCAGAAAAGCCGGGGAAAUUUUCUGGUGUUGACUUUAAGAGAUGGCAGCAAAAGAUGUUCAUUUAUCUGACCACUCUAAGUCUGCAAAGGUUCAUUCAAGAGGAUGUUCCAGUCGUGCUUGAAGGAACCCCUGACAACGAGCGCUUCCUUGUUACUGAUGCUUGGAAGCACUCUGAUUUCCUGUGCAAAAAUUACAUUUUAAGUGGGCUGGAAGAUGGCCUGUACAAUGUUUAUAGCGUCAUGAAAACAUCAAGAGAAUUAUGGAAUGCUCUUGAAAAGAAGUACAAGACUGAAGAUGCUGGACUAAAGAAGUUUGUGGCCGCCAAAUUUCUGGAUUUCAAAAUGAUUGACGGUAAAUCUGUCAUAACGCAAGUCCAAGAAUUGCAAGUUAUUGUUCAUGACCUCCUUGCUGAAGGUAUGGUCAAAAAUGAAGCGUUUCAAGUUGCGGCAUUUAGUGAAAAGCUGCCUCUGCUGUGGAAGGACUUUGAGAAUUACUUGAAACAUAAGCGCAAAGAGAUGACGCUUGAAGACCUUAUUGUUCGUCUACGGAUUGAAGAGGACAACAAGGCUGCUGAAAAGAAAUAUCGUGGAAGUUCAACAAUAAUGGGUGCAAAUAUUAUUGAGGAAGCUUCAACGAGUAAAAAGAGAAAGAAGUCGUCUGGAUCAAAGAAUUAUCCAAGCAAGAAGAAGUUCAAAGGUAAUUGCCACAACUGUGAAAAGGUUGGACACAAGGCUACUGAAUGUCGUGCAGCAAAGAAGGACAAGAAGAAAAGUCAAGCAAACAUGAUUGAGAAGAAUGAUGAAAUAGACGACCUAUGUGCCAUAUUUUCAGAAUGCAACCUAGUCGGAAAUCCUAGAGAAUGGUGGAUUGAUUCGGGAGCAACUCGACAUGUUUGUGCUAACAAGGAGUUGUUUACUUCUUAUGCUCCUGCUGGACCCAACGAGACAAUGUUUAUGGCAAACUCCGCUACUGCAAAAAUUGAAGAAACGGGCAAGGUGGCUUUGAGGAUGACUUCGGGAAAGAUUGUGACUCUAAAAGAUGUUCUUCAUGUUCCUGAAAUGCUUGAAGAAUUUAGUCUCGACAUCACUUCUAGUCAAGAAUGGCUUUAA